AUUCCGAUUAUAUCCCCAUCGAAACACAACACAAACUUCUCCUUGUCGAGGCCCCCGGUACUGUGGUCGACACCACUGCGCUCUCUCUCUCUCUCCAUCCAUCCAUCCAUCCAUCUGCCUCCAACCUGUCCUUCCAUUGGCCGAUCGACGAGCCAAAUCCAGCCGGCGAUGACUAUGAUGAAUCCUCCGCCGUUGGAUCAAGAGGACGAGGAGAUGCUCGUGCCAAAUACGGAACUUGUUCAAGGUCCUCAACCUUUGGAGGGUUCUCAGCCCAUGGAGAUAAUAGCGCAACCGGAAACUGCUAAUACCUUGGAGAACCAACCAAAUGAUGAGCCUCAAACAUCCAGGUUUACAUGGACAAUUGAGAAUUUUUCCAGGUUGAACACCAGGAAGCACUAUUCAGAGGUUUUUAUAGUUGGAGGUUAUAAAUGGCGGGUGCUUAUUUUUCCUAAGGGAAACAAUGUUGACUACUUGUCAAUGUAUUUGGACGUGGCGGAUUCUGCUACUUUGCCAUAUGGGUGGAGUAGAUAUGCUCAGUUCAGCUUGUCUGUGGUUAAUCACGUUCAUACCAAGCUUACAAUACGAAAAGAGACACAACACCAGUUCAAUGCAAGGGAGAGUGAUUGGGGAUUCACUUCGUUCAUGCCUUUAAGUGAACUUUAUGAUCCCACUAGAGGGUUUCUUGUGAAUGAUACAUGUGUUGUUGAAGCUGAUGUUGCAGUUCGUAGGGUCAUUGAUUACUGGACCUAUGACUCAAAGAAGGAAACCGGUUAUGUUGGUCUAAAAAAUCAGGGAGCAACUUGUUAUAUGAACUCUCUUCUUCAAACUCUGUAUCAUAUUCCCUACUUCAGAAAGGCUGUGUACCACAUGCCGACUACAGAGAAUGAUAUGCCAUCAGGAAGCAUACCUUUGGCUCUACAGAGUUUAUUUUAUAAGCUCCAAUACAAUGACACUAGUGUUUCUACAAAAGAAUUAACCAGAUCAUUUGGGUGGGACACAUAUGAUUCUUUCAUGCAGCAUGAUGUUCAGGAACUCAAUAGAGUUUUGUGUGAAAAGCUUGAAGAUAAGAUGAAGGGAACUGUUGUGGAAGGGACAAUUCAACAAUUAUUUGAAGGGCACAAUAUGAAUUAUAUUGAAUGCAUCAAUGUGGACUUAAAGUCUACAAGAAAAGAAUCGUUUUAUGACCUUCAGCUUGAUGUCAAAGGUUGUCGGGAUGUCUAUGCUUCUUUUGACAAGUAUGUUGAAGUUGAACGACUUGAAGGGGAUAACAAAUAUCAUGCUGAAGAACAUGGGUUGCAGGAUGCUAAGAAGGGUGUUUUAUUCAUUGACUUCCCUCCAGUUCUCCAGCUUCAACUAAAGAGGUUUGAAUAUGAUUUCAUGCGGGAUACAAUGGUGAAGAUAAAUGACCGCUAUGAAUUCCCUCUUCAACUUGACCUUGAUAGAGAGGAUGGUAAAUAUUUAUCACCUGAAGCUGAUAAGAGUGUCCGCAAUCUUUACACGCUCCAUGGUGUUUUGGUUCAUAGUGGUGGGGUGCAUGGUGGACACUACUAUGCUUUCAUCAGGCCAACCCUAUCUGACCAGUGGUUCAAAUUUGAUGAUGAACGGGUAACGAAAGAAGACAUGAAGAGAGCAUUGGAGGAGCAGUAUGGUGGUGAGGAAGAGUUGCCGCAGACAAAUCCCCGUUUCAAUAACACUCCAUUUAAAUUUACGAAAUACUCAAAUGCUUACAUGCUUGUGUACAUACGAGAAAGUGACAAGGAGAAGAUAAUAUGUAAUGUGGAUGAAAAGGACAUUGCUGAGCAUCUCAGGAUAAGAUUGAAGAAAGAACAAGAAGAGAAAGAGGACAAAAGAAGAUACAAGGCUCAGGCUCACCUUUAUACUAUUAUCAAGGUUGCUCGUGAUGAGGACCUUAUGCAGCAGAUUGGAAAAGACAUUUAUUUUGAUCUUGUGGAUCAUGAAAGGGUUCGCAGUUUUCGUAUACAGAAGCAGAUGCCAUUUAACCUUUUCAAGGAGGAGGUUGCCAAAGAAUUUGGAAUACCUGUGCAAUUUCAGCGUUUUUGGAUUUGGGCAAAGAGGCAGAACCAUACGUACCGGCCAAAUAGGCCAUUGACCCCACAUGAGGAAGCACAAUCUGUUGGGCAGCUGAGGGAGGUUUCUAAUAAGACACAUAAUGCGGAACUGAAGUUGUUCUUGGAAGUAGAGAUUGGCGUGGAUCGAAAUCCUAUUCCUCUACCUGACAAAACUAAAGAAGAUAUUCUUCUUUUCUUCAAGCUUUAUGAUCCUCAGAAAGAAGAACUUAGGUUUGUUGGUAGGCUUUUUGUGAAAAGUUCUGGUAAACCACAUGAAAUUUUAACAAAACUGAAUGAAAUGGCUGGAUUUAGUCCAGAGGAAGAAAUUGAACUUUAUGAGGAAAUAAAAUUUGAACCUAAUGUCAUGUGUGAGCGCAUUGAUAAAAGGGCCACAUUUAGAUUUAGCCAGAUUGAAGAUGGGGAUAUUAUUUGCUUUCAGAAAUCCUCUUCACAUGAAAGUGAAGAACAGUGCAGAUAUCCUGAUGUGCCUUCAUUUUUGGAAUAUGUGCACAAUCGCCAGAUAGUUCAUUUUCGAUCCCUGGAGAGACCUAAGGAGGAUGAUUUCUGCCUUGAAUUGUCAAAGUUACACACUUAUGAUGAUGUUGUUGAGAGAGUGGCCUAUCGACUUGGUGUGAAUGAUCCAUCAAAAAUAAGGCUUACUCCUCAUAACUGCUACUCUCAGCAACCAAAGCCCCACCCAAUUAAAUAUCGAGCUGCCGAGCGUUUGUUAGAAAUGCUAGUCCACUACAAUCAGACUUCUGAUAUUUUAUACUAUGAAGUACUGGAUAUCCCUCUGCCAGAAUUGCAAUGUCUAAAGACACUAAAAGUUGCCUUCCAUCAUGCAACAAAGGAUGAGGUGGUGAUACACAAUAUCAGAUUACCCAGGCAGAGCACUGUGGGGGAUGUGCUUAAUGAACUCAAGAAAAAAGUUGAGCUAUCCCAUGCGAAUGCAGAACUAAGAAUGGUUGAAGUUUUCUAUCACAAGAUGUAUAAGAUCUUUCCAUUGAAUGAAAAAAUUGAGAAUAUAAAUGACCAAUAUUGGACACUUAGAGCAGAAGAGGUUCCUGAAGAAGAAAAGAACCUUGGUCCCCUUGAUCGCCUGAUUCACGUUUACCAUUUCACUAAGGAGACUGGACAAAACCAAAUGCAAGUCCAGAAUUUUGGGGAACCGUUCUUCUUGGUCAUUCAUGAAGGUGAAACUUUAGCUGAUGUUAAAGUGCGGAUUCAAAAGAAAUUGCAGGUUCCAGAUGAGGAGUUCACUAAGUGGAAGUUUGCUUUUAUGUCGUUGGGUCGCCCAGAGUACUUGCAAGACUCGGACAUUGUGUCUAACCGUUUCCAGAGACGAGAUAUUUAUGGUGCUUGGGAGCAAUACCUUGGGUUGGAGCACUCUGACACUGCUCCAAAAAGGUCAUACGCAAUAAGCCAGAAUCGUUUCACAUUUGAGAAGCCAGUUAAAAUAUACAACUAGAGAAGUGCCGUAGAUCGAUUCUGCUUCCUUCUGUUGCCACAAUAGGCACUGUGAAGAAAUUUAAAUGAUUAAAGGCAGCUGGGAAAAAGUAAAAAAAAAAAAAAGAGAAUAAUGAUAUAUGGGGGUGGCUUUUGGAGAGUUUUGCCCUGGGUAGGUUUUGUAGGCUAUGAUUCUUUCCUUGAGGUGGGUAAUGGAAGGGAGGUGUUCUCCCAUAUGUAUUGUGGUUGUCUUAUUGGGUACAAACCGUAGAGCGUUGCCACCACCCCCGUUUUUCCCGUAAUCCAUAAAAAGCUCUUGCUAGUGCCUGAUCCAGCAUAGGAGGCUAUACAUAGGUGGUAUUGGUUGCCGGAUGUGAACUGUGUGGCUGCUCCGGGGCGCGCGCACAGAUACAUACAUAUAUAUAUAUAUAGAUAGAUAGAUUUUUGUUGCUAGACCUAGUCCUAGAUGAUGUAGUAGUAGUAAGUAAACUGGGUAUAGUCUACAUUCUUUUUCUUCCUCGUCGCCUGCCCCUUUCUCCCUGCUGCUGCUGUCUCCCUCAGUGUCCAUCCAUGCUUUAUUAGUUGAAUGAAUGUGUUGUUUAUAGGGGAUGAUGGGGCUGUAAAAGUGUUCGUUUCUUAAGCAUUCUUGCUUGUGUAGAAGAAGUUAUAUUCUGCUUUGUAAUUGGAACACAUUUUAUAGUAGUAGUGCUUCUUCCUGUUUGAUUUAUCUGCCAGCAGAUUUGGUUGGUACACCUGAAGAAGUUCUGAACUCUUUUGGAUUCA